AUGUCUCACGACCCCGCCUCGUCAGUACACUCGAGUACCGACUCUGGAUUCUACUCUGCCUCCGAAUGCUCCACGCCGCCCACCCCGAGCUUCUACCGCGGCCAUCUCCGCUUCCCAAGCUCUACCUCGUCACUGUCGUCAAGUCCACCGUCGUAUGAGCCCGCCGAUGUUCUUGGCCCUAAUGCAUCGGGGAAGCUCCCCCAGCUCACCGAAGACGUUGAGCGUGAGGAAGACUACGUGACCAUUUCUCCAUGCCACUAUGACACAGAUCUCUCUGAGCAUCCUGCCGUCGCAGAUGCUUACGACUUUGCAGGCUCUGGCUACGAGUCGCCCAACUCGAAGCGCAGGCGAUCCGCCGAAGCUUCGGCGCAUAGUGUCACCCACAAGCUUGAGCGUAGCUUUCCUUCCUUCUCACGCAAGAUGCGGGAGCGCAAGAGAGCGUCGACCCUCAAUGGCAAGUCAAGGAGCGCAACUCCCUCCAGAGCGCCAUCGACGCGGGCAUCGUCAAUCACCAGCUCCAUCCACCAGGCCCAAGGUCACGAUCCGAUGGAACUUUUCCCACCCAAGUCCAUGUCAGCGUCAACCAGCCGAGAGCAGCUCGCUGAGUCCAUUGCUUCCUCUCCCAUCGACAUUGCAAAGGCCAACGCAUUCAACAUGGACGCUGACGAAAUCGAUUCUGAGCGUUACGCAACCACCCCUCUUCUACCACCACUGCUGGUCAAGACUCGCUUUGAUGACGCACCUGCCCACUCGCCCCUUCAAUCUCCUACCAUCGCGACGGUCGACCCCAUGCAGUCUCUAGUCUCUACCCCCGUGGACACACCUGCAGCUCGCGCUUAUCCCACUCCACCACUUUCGACAAAGGCCUCCAUCGCAUCUUUCAAGACAUCCCGCAUCAGUCCCAUGGUGCCCUCCAACGAGAUCCCGUCGCUCGCGUUGGCCGUCCCUGAUGACAAAUGGGCCUUGGUCCUUGGGCACAACAACUUUACCAUCCACCCAGAACCCUACGUACCUGAAGUUUGCGAUGCGGCUGCCCUCCGGCAGUUGUUUGCUGAUUGGGAACAAGCGCGCUGCAACUUCACCAAGCACCAGGUGCGCAUGGCUGAGCACAAUGGUCCUACGUCAAAAGCCUACCUGCUAUGCGAGAAGAAGUGGUCGGAGAUCGACGCCCUGUGGAAGAAGAACAAUGAUCUGGCCAACUCCCGUGCGACCGAGCUGGGUGAGGAUCCCGAGCCGACGUCCCCCCAUGGAGCCAGCCCCGCUUAG